CUCAAGGGUGGGAACGAACAAUAACAACAAUCGCCGCGACGGCGCGAGGCGGCUGCGGCGUGGAGGCGGGAAGCGGGGGCGAGGUGGAAGCGCUCCCGGGAGCGGAGGGGCCGCGCUGCCGCCAUGGGGGCCGUGCUGGGCGUCUGUUCUCUGGCUAGCUGGAUUCCAUGUCUGUGCAGCGGUGCAUCAUGUCUGCUGUGUCGCUGUUGUCCCAACAGCAGGAACUCUACGGUGACCCGUCUUAUAUAUGCCUUCCUGCUUCUCCUAAGUACUCUUGUUGCUUGCAUCAUGCUGGCACCAGGCAUGGAAGAGCAGCUGAAAAAGGUGCCUGGAUUUUGUGAUGAUGGCCUUCACACUCGCCUGCCGCACAUGAAGGGCUUUGUCCACUGCGAAGCUUUGGUUGGAUACAGGGCAGUCUACCGCAUCAGUUUUGCCAUGGCCGUGUUUUUCUUCCUCUUCUCCCUGCUUAUGGUACAAGUGAAAACAAGUAAAGAUCCAAGAGCUGCUGUGCAUAAUGGGUUUUGGUUCUUCAAGAUAGCUGCAGUUGUUGGCAUCAUGGUUGGCGCAUUCUACAUUCCUGAGGGGCCUUUCACAAGAGCAUGGUUUGGUAUUGGCACUGUGGGUGCCUUCUGCUUCAUUCUCAUCCAGCUAAUACUGCUGGUAGAUUUUGCACAUUCCUGGAAUGAAUCCUGGGUUGAAAAAAUGGAGGAGGGAAAUGCCAGGUGCUGGUAUGCUGCUCUGCUGUCGUGUACAACCUUAAACUACAUUCUGUCUCUCGUUGCUGUCGUCCUCUUCUAUGUCUUCUACACAAGGUCUGAUGCCUGCCCUGAAAACAAGUUUUUCAUCAGCUUUAAUAUGAUCCUGUGCAUUGCGGUCUCCAUCAUCUCAAUCCUUCCCAAGGUCCAGGAACACCAGGCUCGUUCGGGCCUCCUCCAGUCCUCCAUCAUUACACUCUACACCAUGUACCUCACUUGGUCUGCCAUGACUAAUGAGCCUGAUCGCAGCUGUAACCCAAGUCUUUUGAACAUCAUCAGCCAAAUAGCCACCCCUACCACAGGCCCAGCAAAUGCCACUGCUGUUCUUCCUUCUCCAACUCCUGCACCACAAAAAUCCUUGCAGUGGUGGGAUGCACAAAGCAUCGUGGGACUUAUUAUCUUUGUGCUGUGUCUCUUGUACUCCAGUAUUCGAUCUUCUAGCAACAGCCAGGUGAACAAGCUGACCCUCUCUGCAAGUGACAGUGUCAUCCUGGAUGACGCUGCAGGCACCGAUGGUGAUGUGGAAGACGGAGAAAUUCGGCGUGUCACCGACAAUGAGAAGGAUGGUGUCCAGUACAGCUAUGCCUUCUUCCACUUCAUGCUGUUUCUUGCCUCCUUGUAUAUCAUGAUGACUCUUACCAAUUGGUAUAGCCCUGAUGCCGACUUCAAAACUAUGACAAGCAAGUGGCCAGCCGUCUGGGUGAAGAUCUCCUCAAGCUGGGUCUGUCUUGCCCUUUAUUCCUGGACCUUACUAGCUCCUCUUGUCCUUACCAAUCGGGACUUCAAUUGAAAGACAGGAUGGAAACGAAGCUCCUCUCUGCUGAAAGCCAAAUGUUCUGUAUUGCUUCUUGGAGUUACAGCUAAAGCUCUCUCUCCAGCAACAUACAGUGGGUAGAAAGCUGCUGCUUUGCCUAAUGCUUGAUGCAAGAUCUAUGUCUAUUUUGCUGUGUUUAAAUUCCAAGCUAGCUAGCUUUACUAUUAAUCUACUACAGCUGUGCUGUGAAAGUUUUGGAAAAAUGCCUGUUGUGUAACCCUACACACAAUGUUGGAAGGUUUUUAAUGGAACAGAAAGUAAUAUAUUUUAAAAUAUUCCUCAUGCUUCAGUGUAUGGAAGUGAAAGCCAUGCUGCAAACUCUGUACAUUCCACUUCAGGAAAACCUGUCGUUAACAGAAUAGCAUGCUAACAUAGUGUAGUCGGUUAACUUGUUAAAAAUAGCAACUAUUUAGUUUAUCAGUGUAAGGAACAAAGGUAUAGAAAUCAAGUGUUUUCCAGUAAAUUUAAACUUGCAUGCUAUCCUAAAAUAAGCUUUAACCGAGUCACAUUAAAAUGAAGAUUUGCUCCAGUGCUGUUUUGUAAUAAGAACAAUUAUUAUAAAAUG